UUUCAUUUAGAUGGACUUUUGCAGUAAAACAGUUAAACCGAUUUCAGAUACUGCUGUUCACCUGUUCCUGUUUUGCACUGGAGCUGCUGAUCAAUAACAGCGUGUAACACCUGUAUGCCAAACAAUCCAAGGUGAUCAGACUACCUGGAAAUCCAGCAGCACAUUUGAAUUACUGCCAACAUGGCUGAGCUGAGGGUUGUUCUGCUGGGAAGCAGCUGGACUGAGAAAAAUGAAGUGGGAAAUUUCUUACUGGGACAGACUGUGUUCAGCAGUCAGUCUAAACACUUUGUGAGAAUUAGUGGACCAUUGGAGGACAAAAAAUUAGUUCUCAUCAACACCCCCUAUCUGCCUCCUCUUGAAACCUCCCAACAUGAGCUGACACAGUUUAUCCAAGAAUGUGAGAAAGUUGCUAAACCCGGACCGCAUGUGUUUCUGCUGGUUGUACAGCCUGAACAUUUUACUGAAGAACAAAAACUGAGACUCUGUAGAGUUCUUGAAGGCUACAGUGAUCGAUCAUUUGAUCAUUCAAUGAUUCUGAUAACAUCGCCUAAAGAGGAGUGUUCAGUUUUUAUGGAAGAUUUCAUUAAAAGACCUCCAUUAAAUGAAAUGAUCAAAAUAUGUAAAUACCGAUACUUGAAGAGGGACAAUACUGAACUUCCAAAGCUGUUAACACUUUUGGGUGAAAUUGUAAAGUACAACAAUGGAGAACAUGUGAGCUAUGAAGUUUUUGAGGAUACAGCACAAACUUUACCAAGAGAUCAAAGUCCAAAACAAAAGAAAACAAAAACUCCUAUCACAGAUGGUGUGAGAGCUGCCGGACUACCGAAUAAAUUGAAACAAAUGACUUGUCGACUCUCUCAGAAACACUUUUUGUCCAACAUGUCUGCAUUCAGGGUUGUGCUGCUGGGCAAAAGUGAGGACAAGAAGACAAAGCUUGGUAACUUUAUCACUGGGUAUCAAGGAUUUCACUGCCAAAAACAAUCGCCCAUCAUGCACUGUGUGGCUAUUUGUGCAGAGUGGAGAGGAAAACCAUUAACAGUAGUGAAAACUCCAGAUUUAUACAAUCUUUCUGAGGAGGACAUGAGAAGAGAAGUUAAGAGCUGUGUGAAUCUCUGUCAUCCUGGACCAAAUAUUCUGCUGCUCCUAGUGAAGCCUUCUGAAUUCACUGAGAAAGACAGAGAAGCUCUGAAGUUCAUCUUGGGUUUGUUUGGUCAGCAUGCCUUUAAACACUCAAUGGUCAUCAUCACACAUGAGAAUGAAAUGAGUUUCUCUGUGAAUGAACUGCUUAUAGAAUGUGAAGGAAGACACUACAACAUGUUUGAAGAUAAUUAUGGAUCUUUAAUGAAGAAGAUUCAGGAAAUGACAAAUGAACACAAUCCAUUCAUCAAACCAUCUUUAAACCUGGUUCUGUGUGGGAGGAGAGGAGCAGAGAAGACUUCAACAGUCAAGGCUAUUUUAGAUCAGACUGAGCUUCAUUCAGUCUCCAGCUCAGAGUGUGUUAAACAUCAGGGAGAGGUGUGUGGACGCUGGGUUUCCCUGGUGGAGCUGCCUGCCUUGUAUGGAAAACCUCAGGAAGUAGCAAUGGAAGAAUCACUCAGGUGUAUCUCCCUCUGUGAUCCUGAGGGUGUCCAUGCCUUCAUCCUGGUCCUACCUGUGGCUCCCCUCACUGAUGAAGAUAAAGGAGAGUUAGAGACCAUCCAGGACACAUUCAGCUCUCAAGUCAAUGCCUUCACCAUGAUUCUGUUCACUGUGGAGUCAGAUCCUACAGCUCCAGCUGUUGUUAACUUUGUUCAGAAAAGCAACGACAUCCAGGAGCUCUGUGAGAGCUGUGGAGGAAGAUCUCUUGUUCUCAACACCAAAGACAAAGAGCAGAUCACAAAACUGUUUCAAACUGUAGAAAAAAUAAGUCUCCAGGAAGACAAAUCAUGCUGCUACACAAUGCACACUUAUGUACAUGCCCAAAUAGAGAAGAUGUUACAGCAAGAGAAAUUCAUCACCAAACUACAAACUGAAGUAACAGCACUUGAAAAAAGAAACACUGUCACUUGUAAUGAAGAGGCACAGAGUCAAGAGUGUCUCAGGAUUGUGCUGAUUGGAAAGACCGGGUGUGGAAAAAGUUCUUCCGGAAACACCAUUUUAGGAAGAGAUGAGUUUAUAUCUAAACCUUUCCAAAAGUCAGUCACCAAACGUUGUCAGAAAGUACAGAGUAAAGUGGACGGUUAUCCUAUUGUGGUGGUCGACACUCCUGGAUUAUUUGACACAACUUUGUCCAGUGAAGAAGUUAAUGAGGAGGUAGUGAGAUGUAUCAGUCUUCUGGCUCCAGGACCACAUGUCUUCUUGUUGGUGAUGCAGAUUGGCAGAUUUACAGAAGAGGAGAAGGAGACGCUAGAAUUAAUCAAGAAAGGUUUUGGGAAAAAUUCUGAAAAGUUCACCAUCAUUCUUUUCACAAAAGGAGAUACACUGGAACAUGAAAAGGUGUCUAUUAAAGAGUACAUUGAAAACUCUGAUGAUUCCUUUAAGAAGCUGAUAGAUGACUGUGGAGGAAGAUACCAUGUGUUCAGUAACUAUGAUAAACAAAAUUGCAUACAAGUCAGUGAGCUGAUAACAAAGAUUCACACCAUGGUGAAGGAAAAUGGAGGAAACUGCUUCACCAAUGAGAUGCUGCAAGAAGCAGAAGCAGCGAUAAAGAAGGAAAUGAAGAGAAUCUUGAAAGAGAAGGAAGAAGAGAUGAAAAGACAGAGAGAAGAACUGGAAAGAAAACAUGAGGAAGAAAAGGAAGCAAUGAAAAGAAGAAUGGAAGAAGAGAAAGAUAAAAUACAGCAAGAAAGAGACCAGAAACUCAAGGAGAUGGAAGAAAAUAUAGAUAAGGAGCGUGAAGAGAGAAAGAAAGAACGUGAAGUGAGAGAAAAAGAGAACUCGAAAUGGAAAAAUGAGGAAGAAACAUACAGACAAAAUUUGAAAAUACAACUUGAAAUGUUAGACAAACAAAUUCAGUCAGAAAAAGAGGAAAAGAAAAGUGUGGACAGAAAGCUGGAAGAGAGCAGAGAAGAGAUGAGAAGAAGACAAGAAGUCUGGGAGAAAGAACGAAAGGAGGAGUGGGAGAAACGGAUGCAAGAAGAUGAAGAGAGACGAGAAGAGGAGCAAAGACGAAUUGUAAAUCUUGAAGAAAUGCGCAAGCAGGAAAUGGAAAAAUAUGAAAAGAAAAGAGAAGAAGAAGAUCAGAUCAGGAGAGACAAAGAGGAAAAAGAACGAAAUCAAUUAGAGGAACACUAUAAAACAUGUGUGGAAAAUCUGAAGAAGACAUAUGAAGAGGAUGCCAGAAAGAAAGCAGAAGAGUUCAAUGACUUCAAAGACAAACACAACAAAGCGUUGCAGGAGCAUGAAAAACAAAUGAAAGACAAAGAUGUGAAAUAUGACCUGCUACAAGCUUUGGCUGUCCACAGUGAAAAGCAAAAGAGAGAAAAACAUCAAAGAGAAAUAAAAGAUGUGAUAAAUUGUCUAUCUAAGAAGAGAGGAAAUAUGAAAAAAAUCAAAGACUUGCUGAUAAAACAUGAUAAUCAAAUAAAGAUGGCAAAAAAUGAGGAGGAAAAAGAAUACCUGGAGAAAAUUCAUGAAACAGAAAUAAGUGAUCAAAUACAAAAACUUCUGGAUGAAGUGGAGACAAGAUCUCCCUGCAGCAUUUCAUGAGAUUUUUUUCCUUGUCAGAGCACGGCUAUUUCAAUAAAUGAUUUUCUGUACAUUUAUUACUUUUUUUUUGUUUUAGAAAAUAUUACAUGUUCGUCAGAUGGUAAGAUGAGAAUACCAGUGUGAGUGUUGGUGCGGUAUUGCAUUUUUAUAGGCUAAAAGGUAAUUUUGAAUAUACUUACUCAUACAUGGACAACAGAUUUAAGAUUAAACUGUUGUAUUUUUCUGAUUGAUUAGGUUGAAAUUCAUAAACUUUAAGGGAAAUUUGUAAACAAUUUACAAUCAGCAGAUGGAUUUCUUGAUUUUUCAUUUAAAUUGUUAUUUUCAGGAUUGUGUUUCAUUUUGUAGAAUGUUUUUAACUUUGAUAUUUUGUGUUAUUGACGUGUAGUUUGAGAUGGUGCCAUUCAACUUUUCAGGUUAUAGAAAAUCUUUGCUUUGUCUUAUUGUUUUUUGUUUGUAUUUUUUACUUGGAUUAUUUGCAGGCAGCAGCUUAUUAAAUAACCAAAAAAAAAGCUUCUGUUAUUAGAUAUUUGGUUGUUUGCUGGAAUGUU